UUAUAUGAAAACUAUUGAGCUUACUGCUCGCCCCUUAAAGGGUCAUAAGACAAGUGCCAACCUGAAAAUAGAGAUUGACAAAAUAUGUGAACAGUGGAACAUCAGCCCUGAUAAUGUAAAUGCAGUUGUUACUGAUGGAGGUGGCAACAUUAAGGGGGCAGUAAAGGAAGCUUUUGGGACUUCAAAGCACAUUUCUUGCUUUGGUCACAUGCUAAAUCUGAUGGGCACAAAAGCAAUUGGUCUCUACAAGAAAAACAUCAUCCCAUCUGAAAUGGCGGCCGGUGAUGUUCCACCCCAACUUCCCGAGCAAGAGUCGGAUAUCGAGGACGACGAAGAAGUUACCGUCGAAGUCGAAGCACGCGGCAGGCAAGCAGCGCCCGGUGCUCCUGCUAACGUGGACUCAGGAGAACUACUAUCAGAUCUGCUGAAAAAAGUGAAAAAGAUUGUAACUUUCUUCAGACAAAGUGAGGUGGCUACCUCAGAGCUAAAGAAGAAUCAGAUGGAUGCGGGAAAAAAAGAGAAUGAAGUUCUCAAGCUGAUACAAGAAUGCAGAACGCGGUGGAACUCGGCGUACGAAAUGGUAGAGAGGUUCCUUAAGCUAUCUGACUAUGUCACCUUAACAUUGAUGAAGGUUCAUAGGGAAAAAAGUACAAAAGCUACACCACCCAGCAUGCUAAGUAAUGAAGAAAUAGGUUACUUGGCAGAGGUCCGCGACCUGCUGCGGCCCCUCUACCAAGCAACAGUUGAGGCCAGUGCUGAUAAACAUGUCACUAUCAGCAAAGUGAUUCCCUUAGUGAAUCUGAUGAGAGAGAAAAUUUAUGAAUUUAUCCCUGAAAGUGGCAUAGCUUUUAAUCUGAGAACUCAACUAUUAGAAGACAUCAAAACCAAUUUCGGGACACUUGAAUUUGGGAAGAUAUUUUCGGUGGCAACUCUCAUUGACCCUCGGUUUAAGGCCCUACCAUUCAAAAAUAAAGAUGCACUAAAAAAUGCAACUAACCACCUUGCAAGUCUCAUGAGAGCUAAGAUGGCAGCUCCAGACUUUGAGGAGCCCGCCGAAGAGCAGCCUCUCCCACCCCCCGCCACGCAGGCGGAAGAAGAUGAUCUUUGGUCUUCCCUUGACCGUAAUGUGCAGGCUCACCGGGCGGCUCGCCAAAGUCAGCCGGCGCCGGCAGUCGUGCCACCGCCACCUAACAGAAUACCCGAAGAGCUGCAGCGCUACCUGGACAUGCCUAACUGCAACCGUAAAAAGUUCCCAAACCCCAUCGAAUACCUAGAGACAAUUAAAGAUAAAUUUCCCUACAUUUAUGAAGUGGCACGAGAGGUAUUGCCGAUUGUGGCCACGUCUACGCCUUGUGAGAGACUCUUUUCACACGCAGGACUUAUCUUCACGCAACUGCGGAACCGAUUGCAUGGCAGCAAGGUUGAUGAACUAGUCUUUUUAAGAUCUGUGGAUGAGGAAAUGUGGUUUUCUGUUCAAGUUCCUUGAUUAAUAAUGUUUUUACA